GUUAUUCAUCCAAUGGGAUGGGAUGCUUUCGGUCUUCCCGCCGAAAAUGCCGCUAUGGAGCGGGACGUUCAUCCUGCUGAUUGGACCAUAUCAAAUAUAUCUUCGAUGAAAAAACAAAUGGAGAGAAUUUUAGCAGAUUUUGAUUGGGACAGAGUAUAUUAUUACAAAUGGACACAAUAUCUUUUUCUCCAAAUGUAUAAAGCACGUCUCGCUUAUCAAAAAGAGGCCAUUGUUAAUUGGGAUCCUGUUGACCAAACAGUUCUGGCCAAUGAACAGCCAUUGCUGAAUGACCUUGAUUUGUUAGAUAAAUGGCCAGAUCAUGUAAAGCAAAUGCAAAGAAAUUGGAUAGGAAAAUCGAAGGGAGCUGAAUUUGAUUUUAUAGUGGUGUGUAUUUUAACAAAGGCUCUAUGGGCGCCUUAUGUUUCACGUAGGUGGCUUCCACAAAAUACUUGCUCUCAAGUUUUGCAAUUUGUGGAAAAAAUCAGGCAACAACAAUUAUUUGAUUUGAAUGAUGUAAAUAUUGGGCAAGGUCAUCCAAUUACAGGUUUAUCCAUUCCCAUUUAUGUAGCAUCCUAUGUGGUUUCCGAUUAUGGGACAGGUGCGGUGAUGGGCGUUCCUGCACAUGAUGAGCGCGACUGGGAAUUUGUAAGAGUAAAUCGUAUCAUUUCCGAGGAAAAUCUUAAAAAAGUCAUUAUACCUGUAAUUCGAGAUAAUUGUACGUUUGUCACUAUACGAAAAUCUCUGGUUUAUCCUUAUUUUUUCAAUAAAGUUUUUACUUCGCGUGGAAUAUUGUCAGCGGAAUGUGGUCAAUAUACUGGUCUUUCGAGUGAUGAUGCAGAGAAAGCAAUUGUAAAUGAUGCACAAAAAGCGGGAUAUGGACGCUGGUCAAUUCAGGUUGUUCCUGUUCCUGAGUCUGAGCUACCAAUACUUUUACCCGCUAAUGUCACCUUUUCCGGUCGUGGAGGUUCUCCCUUAAAACAAGUGCAAGAAUGGAUAAAUUGUAAAUAUCCAAGUAAGCCUAUACAAAUCUCAACGGGAAUGACUCCAGUAGUAUCAUUUGAAAAAAUGUCUAAAAGCAAGUAUAAUGGUGUAGAUCCAGAAACAACUAUAAACAAUUAUGGUGCAGAUGCGACAAGAUUGCAUAUACUUUUCAAAGCACCAGUGUCUGAAGUUCUCGAAUGGGAAGAUGCAAGUAUAGUUGGCAUGCAGAGGUGGAUUGCACGUGUUUGGAGAUUGGUUGAAAGUGUUGUUGAAAAGGAACCGUCAACAAAUAAUCAGAGUCUAAAUUUUAACGUGAAUUUACUAAGUAAGGAAGAUAGGGAAACGUAUAGAAUCAUAAACAUUACGAUAAAAGAGGUGACAGAGGACUAUAAAAAUUCAACAUUUAAUACAGCAGUAUCAUCACUGAUUAAACUAACAAACCAUCUGACAAGUAUUUCCACAUAUCAAAAUGAAAAUGCAUCCAAAAAAUCUACAAUUGUUUCACCAACAUAUGAAUAUGGUAUAAAAACGUUGGUAAAAAUGAUGGCACCAAUGGCACCUAGUAUAGGAGAGGAAUUUUGGGAAAUUUUAAAUCAAGGAAAACAAUAUUCAACAUCUAUAUUUGAAGAGUUAUGGCCCAAAGUUGACACAGAAUGCUUAAAUGCCAGUGAAGUUACUUGUGUUGUUCAAAUUAAUGGGAAAAUGAGAUUUUCACUUAUGAUUCCAUCAACAGUUAUACAAGAUAAUCUCAGCACAGAGAAAUUGAUUCUAGAAUCUGAGAAUGGAAAGAAAUGGUUGGGAAAAGUAAAUGCUGAUAAAAAGAUUAAAAAAAUCAUUCAUGCUAAUGAAGGAAAAAUU